AUGACAAACAUAGUUAUUUCCUCUCCAGACAUGGCCAUAGAAGCGCUUCAUAAACACGACUUAUCUUUUUCAGGUCGAACAGUCCCUUACAUACUUCAAACAUUUGACCACCACAUACUCUCUGUUGUGUAUUUGGAUCCUUCAGUUCAUUUGACCACCAAAAUAUUCUCGUCUUCCCGGCUUGAUUCCACCCAAAAUUUGCGUUUAAAGAAGUUACAGGAAAUGCUAGAGCAUGUGAAUGAAUGUUGCAGAAAAGGUGAAGCUUUGGAUAUCAGUGAAGUUACCUUUACGACAAGUCUUAAUUCCAUAACUAGCACUCUUUUCUCCGUUGACCUCGCUGGUUUUGCUUCUGAUUCAUCUCGAGAGUUUAGAGAUACUGUAUUGGGUAUACUGGAAGAAGCUGGGAAACCUAAUAUUGCAGAUUUUUUCCCUGUUAUGUGA